ACUCAGGCUAAUUACAACCCCGCCAACUUUUUUUUCCUUCUUGUAAUCAAUACCCCGCCACGAAAGAAAGUUGAAAAAUCUCAUAGCACCCUUCUUGAGAUUUCUCUUCCCUCCUUCUUUGACUCUCCUCACUCACUCACUCACUCACUUCUCACACUUCAUCACCUAUUCUCUUACUCCUUCACACACACAUAAACAACACCGCCAAAAUGACUGAAAUGGUUGAGACUGGUGUCACCUACGAGCAGCUCGCUGACCUUGAGCGCGAGUUCGAGCUCGUUGAGAACGAGAUUGUCCGCAAGCAGUACGAGCUCUCCAAGCCUCUGUACGAGAAGCGCGCCGCCGUCGUCUCCAAGAUCCCCAACUUCUGGGCCCUCGUCUUCGAGCAGUCGCCCCCCGAGGUCGACGAGCACAUCCAGCCCUCCGACGCCGCCCUGCUCCUCUCCUCCCUCAAGACCAUCUCCGUCUCCCGCCCCGAGAUCGAGAACGGCUCCGGCGGCGACCCCCGCUCCCUCACCAUCCGCUUCGAGUUCAACGAGAACGACUACUUUGAGGACGCCGUCGUCGAAAAGACCUUCUGGUACCGCCACUCCGCCACCUACACCGGCCUCGUCUCCGAGCCCGUCGACAUCAAGUGGAAGGCCGGCAAGGACCUGACCGAGGGCCUCCUCUCCGCCGCCAAGAAGGUCUGGGACCAGGGCCCCAUCACCCCCGGCAAGCUCACCCCCGAGGCCGAGGCCCUCCGCAAGAAGGUCGAGGAGACCGCCAUGGGCGGCGUCUCCUUCUUCUCCUUCUUCGGCUACGUCGGCAAGCGCAUCUCCGCCGAGGAGAGCGCCGCCGCCCUCGCCAAGGAGGUCAAGGAGUUCGAGGACCGCAAGGCCGGCAAGAAGGCCGCCGAGGAGGAGGAGGAGGAGGAGGGCGACGAGGACGAGACCGAGUUCGAGCUCGAGAUCUUCCCCGACGGCGACGACGUCGCCGUCGCCAUCGCCACCGACCUGUGGCCCGAGGCGCUCCACUACUUUACCCAAGCUCAGGAGGCCGGCGAGCUGUCCGAUGCCGACUUUGAGUCCGACGACGAGGAGGACGAGGAUGAGGAGAUGGGCGACGCCGAGACCACCCCCAACAAGAAGCGCAAGGCUUAGAUUGAUGACUGCCACCGACGAUGACAACAACACCCCACACCCCACAACACAC